AUGGGUAAUUUGACCAAGAUUGGAGAUUUCGGUUUAGCUAUGGAGAAAGGGUCGAUAGAGUACGGUGACGGAACCGGUCAUAGGAGAGGCACUGCGAGGUAUGUGGCUCCAGAGACUAUGAGCCAUGGGAUUGUGGACUUUGGAACGGAUGUGUGGGCUUUUGGGUGUACGGUUUUGGAGAUGUUAACCGGAGAAUUGGUUUGGGGAGAACAUGGUGAUCUUGGUUUCGAUGAUUGGGUCGAUCUCAUCGGUCACAGUGAUUGCCUUCCUCGUAUACCGGGUUGGUUGUCUAAAGAAGCAAUAGAUUUUUUGAGCAGAUGCUUGGAGAGAGACGUACACAAGAGGUGGUCUAGCCAUUCACUCACGAAUCAUCCCUUUGUUAGGCUGUGA